UGUCUUUCAACUCUCGAAGAACAAGCCUCCGUCCUUCGCACCACGACUCACCAUCAUACCCAUAUGCUACUGCUUCAUCUCUAUCAACGCAAGACCGCGACACAAAUACGGUCCUCGCGAACGGCAGCCAUCAUGGACUAUCCUCUGGUUCACGCUUCGUUGAUACCACCUUGAGAGACGCACGGCAAAAUUCUCUGGAUAGCAAUCGAACCCUCCUUGAUUCAUCCGAUUCCAGACGUUCAUCACAAACCAACGCACACAAGUACGGAAUAUACGACUACGAGGAUUGCAAAGACGACACCCUACUCCAUCCGCCGCUGCAAAAGUCACAGUGCACACAGAACGACAACUGGUUGACCAUCGAUUCCGACGACCCGAGGCUGGCGGUCCCCUUAGACGAGCUGUUGAGGGAUGAGGAUAUGGAUCUAACGACAAAGGAGUUCGACGAGAGGAGACGAUUGCUCAAGCUGAGUGAGAAGCAGAAGCGUAAGGAGCGACGAAGGUUGAAAAUAGUCAAGCAUGUAACAUCCGAGAUUAACCGACAGCGGUUCAUCAUGAAACUCGCGAAAGCGUUGAUGAAGUUUGGCGCACCCACUCACGCCAUCGACUCUCUUCUCUCCGAUUCCGCGAAGAUCCUUGGUGUCGAAGCCAAAUUCGUCAUGCUACCGGGAGUUAACCUCGCGUCAUUCGGCGACGUCUGCGAGCUGACUUCGCAAAUCGAGCUGCUCAAGUCCAAUGGAAGUCUUGACCUCGGGCGCCUACCAAAAGUCCGGAUCGUCUACUACAACGUCACCCACGACUGUAUCAGCGCAAAGAUAGGCGGCCAGUGCUUGGAUCAGCUUAUGGACGAGGACGAGAUUCAUGGAAGACCCAUGAAGUGCCUUCUGGCGUUGUGCGGGUCUGCUUUGAUCUGUCCCUUGGCAUUUGGUGGCUCCUUUCUGGAUAUGUGGAUUGCAGGCCUUGGUGCUGCUGCCUUAUGUGCUGUCGAACUCUACAUGAUCACCAAGAACAACGUAUUCUAUACCAACGUUUAUCAGAUCGCCACGACCGUUAUCAUCUCUCUCAUCGCUCGGGCUCUGGGCAGUAUCCGAACGGAGCUCUUCUGUUAUAAUGCGAUAUCAUCGGCGUCCAUUGUCGGUAUACUCCCAGGGUUCUUGAUUGUGACCAGCUCACUUGAACUAGCCUCCAGAAAUAUGCUUUGCGGUUCCGUCAAGAUGGUCUAUGCUCUAAUCUUCUCCCUCUUCAUCUGCCUCGGUCUCCAAAUUGGAUCAGACCUCUACCUCUUAUUCGAUUUCCACGCCCGCUACCGAUCCGCGAAAAUCGCAUCCACCUACGGAAACCCUGUUUUGUACACAGGGACAUUCGUAUCCGACAACAUCAUCAACGGCAUCCCAGAAUUCGUUGGGACGUUUUUAUUCAAGAACCCGCCCGCGAUCUCGGUCGACAAUGUCGUCUCUGGCUGUCAUCGACCCCCGAAUGCUCCGUGGUACAUGCUACCCUUUCCAUCGUGGACGCAGAUCAUCAUAGUACCUCUGUUCUGUCUGAUCAUCUCUAUGUCAAACAUGCAACCGGUCUUCAAGAAGCUUGGUAUGGUAGACGCGGAAGAGCAGCGGGCUCGCAGCAGAAGGCGCACUAGCUUUACGCUCAGCUCUGAGAUGUUGGUUCAAGUUGUAUUCGCUUGCGCAGCUUACACCGCCAACAAGGUCGCGACUCGCUACAUUUUUCACCACUCGGAUGUCGUCUCGGCCAUCGGUGCAUUCACGGUUGGUAUUCUUGGGAAUGGAUAUCAGCGGCUUACGGGUGGCACAGCGUUUACAGCCAUGGUGCCUGGUGUUCUUUUCCUGGUCCCAUCAGGUUUGUCGGAGACUGGAGACAUCUUUUCCGGAGAUCCUAUUGAUUUAGGCAUUUCGGUCAUCCAAGUUUCUAUCGGCAUUGUCGUUGGCUUGUUGAUGGCACGCGCUGUAGUCUAUGCAUUUGGCACAAAAGCACGGAGCGGUAGUCUCUCGUUCUGAAUAAAUUGGAUAA